AGUCAAUACAGAGUAUAUACGUAUGGAUUACAUCAUAUUGCUCAAACAGUCGGCCUAUUACAAUCGACAGCGUCAACAACGCGCGCAUCAGGUGCACGUACGGCAUAAACCGAUCUCAAGAGGGGGGAUGAAUCGGGUAGAUAAAAGCGAUAGUCGAGAGGAGUAGUAUCGGUUACUAACGCGCGCGCGAAGAUGCAGGCAGUAUCGGUCGCUGACGAGCCGCGAGUGUCGGUCACGACGGCCGAGAAAGCGAUGCAGGCCGUCGAGUUUGGAAAGCCCGCGGGGACUGCGAAGAAGGUCUUCUGGUCGCAGCAUGUCGCCAGCGUCACUUUGAGUCUCGUGAUGUUCCUGGUGGGUCUUGCCAACGGAUGGUCGUCUCCGUACCUGGCGCAGCUGUCGUUACAGGACGAAGUCGACGGCAUCCCAAGAGCGACCGAUAAGCAGCUGUCCUGGGUAGCGACCCUGAUGAAUUUCGGACGGAUAUUCGGUGCCAUGGCCGGCGCUGUAGCCCAGGACACGGUCGGUCGGAAGAUGUCCCUGUGCUUCGCUGGCUUUCCCCUGAUGUGCGGCUGGACCUGCAUAGCCGUAGCCGUGAGCGUCGAGUGGCUGUACGCCGCCCGGAUACUAUGCGGCUUCGCCAUGGGCAUGAUCUGGACGACCCUGUCGCUCUAUCUGUCCGAGAUAGCCGACCCCGAGAUCCGUGGCUCUUUGGUUUUGUGGAACAUAACGACGCAGUCGAUCGGCGUGUUCUUGGGAAACUUGAUGGGUCCGUACAUCUCGAUGAAGGUGUACGCCUACAUCAGUCUCGUGCCGAACGUCCUGUUCCUUCUGCUGUUCCCACUGAUACCGGACUCGCCCUACCGGCUCAUCAUGAUCGGCAACCUGGACAAAGCCGAGAAGUCUCUCAGGUGGUUCCGACGCAGACAAGACGUUAAGCAGGAACUGUUGGAGCUACAGGACUACGUCAGCACGUCCAAGGUCUCGCUCGUAGAGAGACUCAAAGAAUUUAAGGAAGCCAGAUACCGGCGCAGCUUCCUCAUGAUGUUCCUAAUCAACAUCUUCAGUUACUUCGGCGCGUUCAACGUGAUCAACAACUACAUGGAGAUAAUAGUGACGAAGAGCCAGGUCAGCAUCACGCCCAGCAUCAUAGUCACCGUUACCGGCGGUUUCUCCAUCCUUUCGGGCCUCUUGUCUACUUUUCUAGUCGACAGCUUAGGUCGACGCUUCCUCCUGAUAGGCUCGAGCCUGGGCAUGGCUUUAUCGCUGACCGCACUGGGUCUGCACUUUCAACUGCUCGACCUUGGAUACGACCCAGUUUAUCUGACCUGGUUACCCUGCAUCAUUCUACUAGUCUAUACAGUGUCCUACAGCGCAGGCUGUGGGUGUAUCCCUAGCGCCCUCGUCGGUGAACUCUUCUCGCCGAGACUCAAGACCAUCGCGAGUUUGAGCUUCUCCGGAACAUCGGCCGUGUUCUCGACCAUGUCCACCGGCUCCUUUGUGCCAUUUUUGAAUCUUGUAGGACCAAGCUACUUGUUUUGGUUCUACUCAGUCGGUAUAUACGUGUCGGUAAUUUACUACUGGUAUUUCGUGCCCGAGACCAUGGGCAAGAGUCUUCAAGCCAUUCAGACAGAAUCGAAAAAGUGAUUCGACUUAUGUUAACUGUUGUAAUCAGUGCGCGUGAUAUAGACAUGUAUAAAUAAAAAUUUAAUUGUGCGAGAAAUCGCUGAUUAAGUGACUGCAUUCGAUAAAUUUACUUUUCGAUCGUUUGUAAAUAAAUAUUGACGCCGCUUGUAAUUAAAAUAGCGUUGAAAUUCAACUGCGGCUUCUUUUGAUGGACAAUUUCGACCUCGCGCUCGAUACAAGCUUAAUGAAAUUGUCAUGUGAGAAUAUACACAUAAGUAUCGAUUACAAAUAAUAACACUGGUCGUACUCCGUUUUACCGAAUUGGUUUUUUUUGCGCACAACGCCGAGUAACGAGGUGAUUGAUUUCGUUUUUCCAGUCAAAUGAAAGAGUGAUUAAAUGUUAAAAGCUUGUACAUAGUAUGACUAGCUUGCUUUUCUGACAUUGUAAAUAUGAUAUUGUUUUUUACAAAUAAAAAAAUUAUUUUACGAAUG